GGAGGAGCAGCGGCCCGAGGUGAUACUUCUUUACUAACAGUUCUCUCACCAGUUCUUCUUUUCCUGACGCAGAGAAGAGUUCAUCAUAAUUAAAGGCGGCUAAUACAGCCUCGACCUGCUCACCGAGUGUUUGAGAUUGCUGCGGUGCCGCUAUAGAGUAAUCAGCAUGCUCAAGAUCAAGAAAACUGCGGAGCUUUAGUUUUAACAUAAUAUCAUCUUCAGCAAUUUUAAAAAUUAUGUCAGGUGCGAAAUCUUUUGUCCUGCUGCUGGUGGCGGCCUGCGUGACUGCUGGUCAGGUCGCGGACGAGUCGUUUGUGUUUCCCACAGAGGAGAGCACCACGGAGUUCGAGGAAUCGAUCACAAUUAAUAAUAAAGAAUCUUUAUCUCCUCUUGCGAAAUGUGUCAGCGAAAAUGAAAUGUGCAAGCCACCGUCGAGAUGCGCCCUUUUUUACGCUGAUGAGGAUGAGAGUAAACAAUUGCAGUCGUGCAUUCUCAGCCCUUUGAAUGAAACAGCCAAUGCCACUUUUGGCUUGUGCUGCGAGGACGUUGUCGCGAAUAGACUGGAUCAAAGUCUGCCAGCUGUGGCAAUUGAAGUCGACACGACCUACAACACUGGACCUGAACUGAAUUUUGUGAGCGCUGACGACCUCACUGCCAGCUCGGACAAUGGCAUGUCCUUCAAGGAAAAACUGGAGAACUUUGAGAACAAGGUGCUGCCAGAUAUGGGCAUCAAGGUGGAGAAAGACUCACCCUCGGCCGGCCACCUGAAGGUGUUCAACACGACGGCGGAGGCGCGCGAGUUGGCAGUGCAGGCGCUGCAGCUCGCGGCGGCCACCAGCGCCCUGACCAACCGCCUCGGCAUCGCCAACCCCAGCGGUGAACUGCGCCAGGUCGGCGUGCAGAGCACCCAGCUGGGCCAGUCAUGCCCCCCGUUGCCCAACUGCUCGCCGCGCCUCAGCAAGUAUCGCAUCCACGACGGCACCUGCAACAAUCCCAGGCGGUCGUGGGUCGGCAGGGCCACCAGUCCUCUGCAGAGGUUGCUCCCAGCCCACUACGAUGACGGUAUUCAAGUGCCACGAUCUGCGCGAGACGGCGGCCCUCUGCCUAGUGCGCGCCAAAUCAGCUUUAUUUUGUCCACUGACGGCAACAGGGCCCCACUGGAUCGCAGGUUAUCAGCGCUGGUCGCCGAUUUUGGCCAGUUUUUGGACCACGAUGUCGUGCAAAGUCCAUCUUUUCAGUUGCGUGGUGGAGGCGGCAUUCAGUGCUGCACGCAGGACGGCUCUGCUCCUCUUCCGCCGCAUCAGCGUCAUCCACAAUGCAUGCCCAUCGAGAUUCCCUUUAACGACCCGUUUUUCUCGAGGUUUCGUCAAGGUUGCAUGAAUUUCGUCCGCACCAUGCCCGCUCUGACGCACAACUGUUCCCUCGGGGCAAUUAACCAAAUGAAUUCUGUUUCGCACUGGCUGGACGGCUCAAUGCUCUACGGCUCGGACGGACAAACGGCGCGAAAUUUGGUCGGACCCCGAGGGACCCUUUUAAGCUCUGGGAACAGAGGAUCAGCAGCCCUGCUGCCUUCGCAGAGCGGAGGGUGCACGCAAAGGGGUCCUAAUGAAAAUCCAAAUUUUUGCUUUGCUUCAGGAGAUUCGAGAGUAAACGAACAACCCCUGCUGAGUUCUCUGCACACCCUGUUCAUGAGGGAGCACAACAGGGUGGCUGCCAUCCUGGCUGGAAUGCACCCCGAGUACAGCGACGACGCCGUUUACCAAGAGGCCCGACGCAUCGUCGUUGGCCAACUGCAGCACAUCGCCUACAACGAGUUCCUGCCGGUGGUGCUCGGCCGCCGCUUCAUGGAGACCUACGGCCUUCUACCCCUCGCCUCCGACUUUUCCACCGACUACAACUUCAACUACGACGCGUCCAUCACCAAUGAGUUUGCUGCCGCCGCCUACAGGCUCCACACUCUUGUCCGAGGCGAUCUGCGACUCUCCACUGCAUCGGGCGAGUCGCGCCUGCCACUCAGGGAGACGCUCAACAGUCCUCAGGUGCUUUUCUGGCCAGACGCGGGCGACGCUCUGCUUGCUGGACAGUGCGGCAGACCCCUGGGCGCUUUUGACCACGUUUUCAGUGAAGAGCUAACUCAACACCUUUUCCAAGGCAGGGGUAGUUUUGGCCUUGAUAUUUUGAGCCUGAACAUCCAGCGCGGGCGCGACCACGGUCUGCCUGGAUACAACUCGUACCGGAAAUUGUGUGGUCUAAAAAGGGCGCGAGACUUCACCGAUCUGACAGAUACAAUCAAGCCGGAGGCUCUGCAAGUUUUGCGACGGAUCUACCGGAGCGUGGAUGACAUUGAUCUCUAUGUCGGUGGCAUUUCCGAAAGAAGGUCGUCCGGGGCUCUUUUGGGACACACGUUCUUGUGUCUUGUUGGUGACCAGUUUGCCAGAUUGAAAAAGGGUGACCGCUUCUUCUACGACCUGGGCAAUCAGCCUAGCUCGUUUACCCUAGAGCAACUGAAUGAAAUCAGAAAGACAAGUCUGGCCAGAAUAAUUUGUGACAACUCGGCCGGCCUUACUCGGAUUCAGCCACUUGUGUUCUGGCAACAGGAUGAUUCCAGAAAUCCUAUCGUCUCUUGUGAUUCUUCGCUGAUUCCGCGAGUUAGCUUGGAUGCUUGGAUCAGAGAAGUCCCAGAUUCGUGAAAAAAAUACAAAAAUUAGUAGAAAAUAUGGCAAUGAAAACUCAUCUUAUUUAAAAUAAAAGGACAUAAUUAUAUUUAAAAUAUUUUU